GAUCCUGUAGCCAACUGAGUUCUUCAAGCAACCAUGAUGAAGUGGGCCGUAGUCCUUUGUGCCAUGCUGGCACUGUCUGAGUGUGCUUUCAGAGUUCCUCUGAUCAAGGGCAAGAGUGCUCGUGAAGCCCUGGAGGAGAAGGGUCUGUGGGAGAAGUACAGAAAUGCCUAUCCUUACAACCCUCUCGCCAAGUUCAGCCAGAGCUACGCUGUCGGUUAUGAGUCCAUGACUAACGAUGCUGAUCUGUCCUACUAUGGCGUGAUCUCCAUUGGAAAUCCUCCUCAGUCCUUCCAGGUUAUCUUUGAUUCCGGCUCUUCCAAUCUCUGGAUUCCCUCCGUCUAUUGCAGCAGUGACGCUUGCAACAACCAUGCCAGGUUUAAUCCUCAGAAAUCCAGUACUUUCCAGGCAACUAACACACCACUUGCAAUCCAGUAUGGUACUGGUAGCAUGACUGGCUUUCUGGGAUAUGACACUGUUUCGGUCGGUGGCAUCAAUGUUCCCCAUCAGAUCUUUGGACUGAGUCAAACCGAGGCACCCUUUAUGGCCCACAUGAAGGCUGAUGGUAUCUUGGGACUGGCCUAUCCUCAGCUGGCUGAAGACCAUGCACAGCCUGUCUUUGACAACAUGGUCCAGCAGGGUCUUGUCCAGCAAGACUACUUCUCUGUCUACCUGAGCAGCAAUGCUCAAACUGGCAGUGAGAUCAUUUUCGGUGGCUACAAGACCAACCACUUUACUGGUAAUCUGGUCUGGAUCCCUCUGUCAUCUGAGACCUACUGGCAGAUUACCAUGGACAGUGUCACCAUCAAUGGACAGGUUGUUGCUUGCAAUGGUGGAUGCCAGGCUAUUGUGGACACCGGCACCUCUCUGAUUGCUGGUCCUGUCAGCGACAUCAACAGCAUCAACUACUAUGUGGGGGCUACCGUGAGCAAUGGAGAUGCUUUGGUGAACUGCAAUAAUAUUGGGAAAAUGCCUCAGGUGACUUUCAACAUUGGCGGCCAUUCCUUCAGCCUUGAUGCCUCAGCAUACGUCAGCCAGUCUUAUUACUACGGCUGCCGAACUGGUUUCAGUCCUAGUGGCCAGAGUCUAUGGAUCCUGGGUGAUGUGUUCAUCAGGCAGUACUACACCAUCUUUAACAGAGCUAACAACUCUGUGGGUCUGGCCAAGUCUGUGUAAUGCCACUCUGAUGUACAUGUAAUGCAUACCCUCUAAUUAAUCAUCCUAACACAGUGAUAACACAAUUCUACAAAUUUAAUAAAGUGAUUAGAUCUACCCA